AGGCUGAGGCCUGGGGAAGCCUCUCCCACACGGCAGCCUGGGUGCCGGCGCUGGCUCUCCAGCUGUUCCUAGGCCGUGGCGAGGGUCGGGAAAGGGAGAGCCGGUUGCCACUGGUCUCUGCUCCCCCGCCGCCUUCUCUGCGUCUAUUGGUGCUUCCGUCGAGCGGCAGCCUGACUGGCCGCUUCCGGCGGCUGCUCGCGCUCCUGACUGACAGGCGCCGUCCGCACUGCCCGCGCCACCCGCCACGUCCCAGCUCUCGGCCGGCGCAUGGCGUGGCUGCCGACCGACCUCUCGGAGCCCAGAGCGAUGUGGGUUCCUGGCUUCGGACCCGCGCGACUUCUACAGCGCUGGCGCCCCGGGCUGGUGUCGUCCUCGGUGCGGCCGCUGUGGCCGCUGCUGCUGUUUCUGCUGGCGGCCGUGCGGCCGGUGCGCGCCUGGGAGAGCGGAGACCUGGAGUUGUUCGACUUGGUGGAGGAGGUGCAGUUGAACUUCUACGAGUUCCUUGGGGUGCAGCAGGAUGCUUCAUCUGCAGACAUCAGAAAAGCAUAUCGUAAGCUUUCACUAACCUUACAUCCAGACAAGAAUAAAGAUGAAAAUGCAGAAACUCAAUUUAGACAAUUGGUGGCCAUUUAUGAAGUUUUAAAGGAUGAUGAAAGAAGGCAGAGGUAUGAUGAUAUUCUGAUCAAUGGCCUUCCAGAUUGGCGCCAGCCUGUAUUCUACUACAGGCGAGUGAGAAAAAUGAGCAAUGCUGAGCUGGCGUUGCUCUUGUUCAUUAUUCUCACAGUGGGUCACUACGCCGUGGUUUGGUCCAUCUACCUGGAAAAGCAGCUGGAUGAACUGCUUGGUAGAAAAAAGAGAGAAAAGAAGAAGAAGACAGGAAGCAAGAGUGUGGACGCAGCAAAACUUGGUGCUUCUGAGAAGAACGAAAGAUUGCUUAUAAAACCACAGUGGCAUGAUUUGCUUCCAUGCAAACUGGGAAUUUGGUUUUGCCUUACACUAAAAGCAUUGCCUCAUCUCAUCCAGGAUGCUGGGCAGUUUUAUGCAAAAUACAAGGAGACAAAAUUGAAGGAAAAAGAAGAUGCACUGGCAAGAGUUGAAAUUGAAACACUUCAAAAACAGAAGAAAGUUAAAGUUAAAAAACCAAAACCAGAAUUUCCUGUAUAUAUGCCUUUAGAAAAUACAUAUAUUCAGUCUUAUGAUCAUGGAACUUCUAUUGAAGAAAUUGAGGAACAAAUGGAUGACUGGCUGGAAGACAGGAACAGAACACAGAAAAAGCAGGCACCUGAAUGGACAGAAGAGGACCUCAGUCAACUGACAAGAAGUAUGGUUAAGUUCCCAGGAGGGACCCCAGGUCGAUGGGAAAAGAUUGCCCAUGAAUUGGGUCGAUCUGUGACAGAUGUGACAACCAAAGCCAAGGAACUGAAGGACUCAGUCACCAGCUCCCCCGGAAUGAUCAGGCUCUCUGAACUUAAGUCAACCGUUCAGAAUUCUAGGCCAAUUAAGAUAGCCACAGCCUUGGCAGAUGACAUCAUCACCCAGCGGGAGGACUCAGCAGGGGCCAUGGAGGAUGAGGAGCAAGAGACAGCUGAGGGGGAGCAGGAGCCAGUGACCACAGAAGGCCGGCCUCGGAGGCGGAAGUCAGCCAGGGUGGCUGAGGCUGUGACCAGAGUGGAGCCAGAGGAGAAGCUGAGAGGAAAGAGGCAAAAAGACUUUGAUAUAUCUGAACAAAAUGAUUCCAGUGACGAGGAGAAACAGAGAAAAGAAAGAACUCGUGCUGCAGAGGAGGCGUGGACUCAGAGUCAGCAGAAACUUCUGGAAUUGGCAUUACAACAAUACCCAAAAGGAGCCUCUGACCGCUGGGACAAAAUAGCCAAAUGUGUCCCGUCUAAGAGUAAGGAAGACUGUAUUGCUAGAUACAAGCUGCUGGUUGAACUGGUCCAAAAGAAAAAACAAGCUAAAAGCUGAAUCUUCUGGAAGGUGACGACCAUCAUUUUCAAAAUGAGUAUUCUAGAAAUCUCGUGCAGAAACUUGCAUUUUGUACCUCAGUAUUUCUAAAUGUCAUGUGCCUUAGUAAAAAAAAAAAAAAAAAAAAAAAAA